GCACGUCCUACUUGUAAACCUCUACAGCACGGCGCUUGUGCGCGCUCCCGUGACUCUCGCCAUAGAAAACAAAGCUGAACGUUUUCCAUAACAGCCAGGGGUGCAGACCGGAGGAAUAACCGAAUUUAUUCUGGACGCAUCAGGCUGAAUAUGGAUUUACAGCGGGUGUAGCAUAGUUAGAGACCGAGCCUUGUCGGCUGGGGUGACGGCAGGACACCAGCGAAACUGACGAGAAUAACACCAGUGUGUCUUUUUUUUCUCGGGGUGCUUUGUCUUGUCCACCUAACGAUAGCAAACCAUCAUUCCGUUUCAGUUGCAGCUACAUAUUCAGCUAGUGAUCACUAGCUGCCGCCGGGAUGUAUCAUCAUGUUGGCACCUAAAAGUGACUGCUAGGUCGUCGGAUUGUGAAGGAUAAGCAGAAAAUCCAUCGCCGACGUCCCAACGGGUUGUCACCGGGACCUAAAUCUGUGUUAGCCUCAGUCGCAGAACCCACUGUUUUCAGCGAUAUGGCGGAGCAGGGCUACUCAUCUUGGGCGUACUCCCUAGUUGACUCCAGCCAGGUAUCCACCUUCCUCAUUUCCAUCCUCCUCAUCGUAUAUGGCAGCUUUAGGUCAUUAAACAUGGAUUGUGAGAACCAGGAGAAGGAUAAAGACGGUAACCCCACGACAACGGGGGCUUUUAAUAACAGCAACACAAACAACAGUAUUCAGACUAUAGACUCCACACAGGCCCUGUUCCUGCCCAUAGGAGCCUCUGUAUCUCUGCUAGUCAUGUUCUUCUUCUUUGACUCGGUACAGGUGGUCUUCACCAUCUGCACUGCAGUUCUUGCAACAAUUGCAUUUGCAUUCCUCUUGUUGCCAAUGUGCCAGUAUCUGACCAGACCCUGCUCCCCACAGAACAAGAUCUCCUUUGGCUGUUGUGGGCGUUUCACCCUGGCCGAACUCCUGUCCUUUUCCCUCUCUGUGUUGUUGGUGCUCAUCUGGGUGCUGACUGGACACUGGCUUCUAAUGGAUGCUUUAGCCAUGGGCUUGUGUGUUGCCAUGAUAGCCUUUGUGCGGCUACCUAGUCUCAAGGUGUCUUGCCUGCUGCUGUCGGGUCUGCUUAUUUAUGAUGUGUUCUGGGUGUUUUUCUCAGCCUACAUCUUCAAUAGUAAUGUGAUGGUCAAAGUUGCCACUCAACCUGCUGAAAAUCCCAUAGACGUUCUGUCCAGGAAGCUCCACUUGGGGCCAGGAAUGGGCCGCGAUGUCCCUCGUCUCUCACUACCAGGCAAACUGGUCUUUCCUAGUUCCACAGGAAGUCACUUCUCUAUGCUGGGAAUAGGAGACAUUGUGAUGCCGGGGCUGCUGUUAUGUUUUGUGCUGCGGUAUGACAACUAUAAGAAGCAAGCAAAUGGGGAAGUUCCAGGUCCUGGUAAUAUGCCCGGGCGCAUGCAACGCGUCUCCUAUUUCCACUGCACUCUCAUCGGAUACUUUGUGGGUCUGCUGACUGCCACUGUGGCCUCCAGGAUUCAUCGUGCUGCUCAGCCAGCUCUGCUUUACCUGGUACCCUUCACCCUGCUGCCUCUGCUCACUAUGGCCUACCUGAAGGGAGACUUGCGGCGCAUGUGGUCCGAGCCGUUCCACACCAAGGCCAGCAGCUCCCGCUUCCUGGAGGUAUGAUGCACUCUGGGACAAACGACCAGCGUGGAGGGAGGACUGCAGUUCCUUUCCCUUCGUUCGCGGGAAGGAGAGAGCGAGUACACACUCAUAGUGAGGCCAUGUUGUCACCACUUGUUCAUGCUUUCCACCAAUCUUCUGUGAACACCCUCAGAAGGGACACCAAUGUGUGGAUCACAACAACUCAACGCGACUCAUCUUUUAGUCCCCACAUCCUCCUCGUUUCAUCUCCGCUUCCUCUUUUUCUGUUUAUUUCCUCUACGUUAUAGCACAUCCUGUGCUAGUGGUGUUCCGUCUCACACCCCCCCCCCAUAUCUUUUUUUCCCCUUUUCCUCCUCCAUAGUUGGUCUUGUUUGCCACUUUGGCCCACUCAGUUUGUCAGGCCUCUUCUUUCUCUUCAUCUUAUAAUCACCUCUGCAUCUGUUUGUCAUCGACUCAGAUGAACUCGAGGGCCAGACCUCCUCCCUUUUUUGUGGACUACGGUUGUGAGACGUGGCUGGGGUUUAUAUAUAUUUUUUUAGCAUUGUCGUGGUCAUUAUUAUUAUUAUUAUUAUUAUUAUUAUUGUUAUUAUUAUUAUUAUUACGGAACGAUUUAAACAAAACAUUGGAAGACUCUGGAGUGUUGCGGUGGCACAGGACAGCACUCGGGAGCAGUGACAGUGAAGGGUCUUCCCCCCUCCAUCUGUGUUCCACCCCCAACCCCCACCCCCCCGCUUCUCUUCAUCUGUCGUCUCUGUCGUCCCUGAGCGAUGGCUUCUCCCCAGUGCUACUGCCCCGACACUGCGGGGCCCCCACCCUCCUCCUUCCUCUCUGUUCAUCUGCUGUCCCCCAUUCUCCUCCCACCCAGAUAACUAUGUAUUUUAUUUAGUAAAGUUUUAUUCUUGGCAUAUACAGAAAUUACGCAUUAUAAAUUGUCAAGCUGCCCCCAGUGUUUGGGGGGCUGCUUCUAUUUGUAUAUACGUGUACACAUGUAUUUGCGGUAUCUUGAGUUUGUAUUUGUGAUCGGGGAGCAUGUCGUGUAGAGUGGGAAACUGACUCCAAGCCUUCACCUCGGUCCUGGUCAAUUUCUUUUUGAAUGGACCACGAGCGUCCGCCACUUGGAGCUGGGUUUUCUAUCGUUUGUUGGCUCGUGUGAUACAUGAAUAUCUGCGUCAGUGGACGGUUGAAGUUAGUUAGUUAGUUUCCUGCUCUAGUGUUAAAGUGUGGAAGUGUGUGUGUGUGUGUGUGAGCGCGAGCGAAUGUUUGUUUUACUUGGUUUUAAUUUGAAAUCAGAAACUUCGGUGGCAAUAGUCAGGUUUCCAGUGGGCUGACGUGACGUGUUUCGUAUUGUAAAGAUUUACUGAAAACAUUUUCUCAACAGGGGUCAUUUUUAUUGUUUUUAGUUUUGCAGACAGUUGAUAAUGUAAAGGUUUGUUUUUUUUUUAAUAAAGGAAUGUUGAAUUGAUUUUUUUUUUGUUAGUUCUCAUUAUGAAACCUCACCGUGCAUCAUGCUGGGUUUUAUACUUAAUUUACUCUUAUGCACAUCCUAAAUUUACACACUUUACCCUCAUGGAAACACUACACACAUCCCCACUUUCAGACGUCUGUAAAUGUCCGAGCGUGAUUAUGUCAGAUCGUUGUUUUUUUUGUUUUUUUUUAUACAUAUAUAUUUUGACAAAAUGAGAAGAAGCACAUCUUACCUGAACUUUGUAAAUGUUUCACCUCAGUCGAUGAAGACCUGACUAUUGUGAAAGCUGGGACUCGAAGCCUGGAGAUGAGGGUUAGUGGAAUAUGAAAACAUACCGUUUGGGUUUAUACACAGUUUUUUUUUUUUUCCUGGAUGGUGUGUGUGAGUGUGAGUGAGUGUGAGAGAGACAGAGAGAAAGUGAGUGUGUGUGUGUGUGAUGAAAUAACAUUUUUAAAUCUGUUUGGACCUAGAACAGAGAAAAUCAGUUGUGCCCUUCAGAAAUCAAAAAUUAAAAAAAUAGAAACUAAUUCUAACCCAUAGAAUGUUUUUUUAUUAUUAUUAUUUCACCACUUUGUACCCAACAGUCUUAUUUCUUUCUUUUUUUUGUCUCAACUGUUUUGUGGUGCUUGUCAGUUAAUAUGUAAUAUAUACUGGAAAAGGUGCGACGGCACACGGACACAGAUGUACGGAACAAUGCAGUUUGCUGUUUUUGUUUUUUUUGUUUUGUUUUUGUAACUUUUUCUAUUUGAUCUGGCCAUGCAUGUGACGUGUACAGUGUAUCAUUUCUCAGACUGCGUUUGACAAAGCCACUGCAGUUUUGAGUCUCUGCUGGCCGGACAAUGAGGCACUGGACCUACUGUAUCUGUGAGUGGGACAAAGGCUGCGGGGGUCAGAAAGACUGCGAUGGCUCAGCUCUGACCUCCUGAUUCACACAGGCUGAUUAUAAAGAUCUGAGCGCUGUCGAGGGGGGGUUGGGGACGUCCGGCCUGCUGCUCAGUGCAGUCGUCCCCUCAGACUUAAUUGAACCACACAAACUCCUUAUCACCUCUUAA